GGGGGCCAGUAGGCGACCAGGACAGCUCCCAGUAUGAAAGGAAAAGUGGGAUUGGAGCAGUGACGUUAUCUGCUGGUGGAAAGAGGGAGGGAGAAAGAGGGACGGCUGGACUCCAUUAAGCCGAAGCCUGCAGGAAAACUGUUUGGGAUACUUCACUUCUUCAGCGACUUCCUCGGGGAUUGUUUCUGUUUUUAUUGUCUGAAAAAACACUUCAUACAUGAUUUAAAGAGGGGGAACUUGUUUUGUACCGAGUAGUCGACUGUUUUAGUGUUUUUUUUCCCGUCUUUGUGAAGGAUGGCGCUGGACGGGAUCCGGAUGCCCGAUGGCCACUAUGCCGACGGGACGUGGGAACUGAAGAUGCAUGUCACGGAUCUCCACAGGGACGUGUCGCUGAGGGUAACUGGGGAAAUCCACAUCGGCGGAGUCAUGCUCAAACUCGUGGAGAAACUAGACGUGAAGAAGGACUGGUCAGACCAUGCUCUGUGGUGGGAGAAGAAGAAGACAUGGCUGUUGAAAACCCACUGGACGUUGGACAAGUACGGCAUCCAGGCCGACGCCAGGCUGCUCUUCACGCCGCAGCACAAGCUGCUGCGCCUCCAGCUGCCCAACAUGAAGCACAUGAAGGUCAAGGUCAACUUCUCCGACCGAGUCUUCAAGGCCGUGUCCGACAUCUGCAAAACUUUCAAUAUCCGCCACCCAGAGGAGCUAUCUCUACUGCGUAAACCCCGGGAUCCCAAGAAGAAGAAGAAAAAGUUGGAGGAGGCAGAGGAGGACGAUCUGGAGCUGGAGGGUCCACUGUUAACCCCCGGAUCAGCCUCUGAGGUUAUAUACAUCGGACCUGUCAAAGGGAGCAUCUACUCCAGUCCAGGCUUGUACAGUAAGACGAUGACCCCCACCUAUGACUCCAGAGACGGCAGCCCGCUCUCGCCCACCACCGCCUGGUUUGGGGACAGCCCCCUCUCGGAGGGAAACCCCAGCAUCCUCGCUGUGAGCCAGCCCAUCUCCUCCCCAGAUAUCCUGGUGAAACUCUACAAGCCCCAGUCUCUGCUGGACAAAGCAAAAAUCAACCAGGGGUGGUUGGACUCAUCCAGGUCUCUGAUGGAGCAGGAUGUAAAGGAGAAUGAGGUGCUGCUGCUGAGGUUUAAAUACCACAGUUUCUUUGACCUCAACCCUAAGUAUGAUGCCAUCCGAGUGAACCAGCUCUAUGAACAGUCUAAGUGGGCCAUCCUGCUGGAGGAAAUUGAGUGCACAGAGGAGGAAAUGAUGAUGUUUGCUGCCCUGCAGUACCACAUCAACAAGCUGUCAAUCAUGUCUUCAGACAACCACAUGAAUAACAGUGAGAAGGAGGUGGAUGAGGUGGACGCAGCCCUGUCAGACCUGGAAAUUACCUUGGAAGGAGGGAAGACUUCCAACACACUGGGUGACAUCACAUCUAUUCCUGAGCUAGCGGACUACGUCAAAGUCUUCAAGCCCAAGAAACUGACGCUGAAGGGCUAUAAGCAGUACUGGUGCACGUUCAAGGAUAUCACAAUUUCCUGUUACAAGAGUAAAGAGGAGGCUCAUGGGACACCUGCUCACCAAAUGAAUCUUAGAGGUUGUGAGGUAACUCCAGAUGUGAACAUCUCGGCUCAGAAAUUCAACAUCAAGCUGCUCAUCCCUGUGGCGGAUGGCAUGAAUGAGAUCUGGCUUCGGUGCGACAUGGAGAAACAGUACGCCCACUGGAUGGCCGCGUGUCGCCUGGCCUCCAAAGGGAAGACCAUGGCCGACAGCUCGUACAACCUGGAGGUCCAGAACAUUCUGUCCUUCCUCAAGAUGCAGCACAUGAACCCUGACCCUCAGUUCAUCGAGCCAAUCACCACAGACAUCAACCCAGAAUGCCUGGUGUCCCCGCGCUAUCUUAAGAAGUACAAGAACAAGCAGCCAGGCUCUGUCAGGGACUUGAUUUCCGCCCGGAUCCUUGAAGCCCACCAGAACGUGGCCCAGAUGAGUCUCAUUGAGGCCAAGAUGCGCUUCAUCCAGGCGUGGCAGUCCCUGCCAGAGUUUGGAAUGACGCAUUUCCUUGCCAAGUUCCAGGGAGGGAAGCGGGAGGAGCUGAUCGGCAUCACUUAUAACCGUUUGAUCCGCAUGGACGCGAGCACCGGAGACGCUAUUAAGACCUGGCGCUUCAGCAACAUGAAACAGUGGAACGUCAACUGGGAGAUAAAGAUGGUGACGGUGGAGUUCGCAGACGAGCCCAGUCUGGCCUUCAUCUGCGCAGAGGUGGACUGCAAGGUGGUGCAUGAGUUCAUCGGUGGCUACAUCUUCCUGUCCACGCGCGCCAAGGACCAGAACGAGUCUCUAGACGAGGAGAUGUUCUAUAAGCUGACCAGCGGAUGGGUCUGAGCUGCCCCCCCCAAACCACCAGGGGCCAACGAUUGUAGGUCAGGGGCCAGGAGGGGAGUGGCUGGGGGGUUGGAACUACAGUGUAUGGGGUUUAUUUGUAUUCUAACUAUUUCUCAGUCUGUUUAAAUGUUUGGAGCCGUGCUGAAAAGUCCAGAACGCAGCCAACGUUGCCACGGCUGACACUGUUUUAUUGAUAUAGUAUUUCUUUGCAUAAACGCUGACCGGGUCUUUGUUACAACACUAACUUUCUGGUGAACGCAGGCCAGAAUAUAAACUUUCAAACGCAAACUCCUGUGGUUGAGCAGAAGCCUUACACACACCUGAAGCAGGAAGUGCCUGUGUUCUCCUCUCCUCCUGGACUGAUGGCCGUCAACAUUACGUCCAUGUUCCCUUUAACGCCAAUCAGAUGCCUCAUUGAAUCCCAAAGAUGUUUUUUUUUUCUCUCACUGCCUUUUUUCUCUCUCUUCUAAUAACUGAGCUGACAUCAGACUGUCAUUAAAACAUUUGUAAUCGUAGUGCCACAGAUAGCUGCAGUUAUAUCAAUUUAUUUAUCCUAAAAGACGGACUUCCUCCAAGUCCGAACAAAAGGCGACUGAGGCACUACAUGUCCAUCCUAUCACUAUGAAGGGUUCAUCUCUUUAAGUCACAUGUAAGCACUUCUACAGUAUACAGUCCUGUUCAUGAAUAAGCUGUUGUUCAAUUUCCUUUUUGCUUUUGAUGUCCUUGUGUUUGUUUUUGAGCUCGCCCAGAGGGUCGAGUCUCUGUAAUGAAUUCUUGUUGUAUUAGCUGAUGGGUGUGACAUUGAGAGGUUUGUUUUGUAUUUAAUAAACUGCUAAUAGUGAGCAUGUCUGGAGACACACUACAGUAUAGCGCACCGGGAUGAGUGUCCUGCGGGUUUAGAAAUCUUGAUGAUGUAAAUGUCCCUAGUGUAAAGAUUUUUAUCCGGAAAACACAUUCACUUCAGUGCUCAUUAUAUCUAAAAGUUUUUCUUCAAACAAGCAUUUGUAUAACUUUUGUUGGUCGGCAUGUUGAACUAAGAUUGCUUACUAAUGUCUGUGUAUUUAAAAUAUCUCAUCAUCAUGUUUUUAAAAAUGUAGGAAGGCUCAACAUGAAGCUACGUGAUGUAAAGAUGUUAAAUAUUAUUAAAGGCAGACUUGGCAUGAAGGCAAAUUAAUAUGGCGUCUAGAUUCUGCCAAAUCUCAUCAUCAUAUUUGAAAUUGUAUCCAAAGAUUUCUGAACCCCUGGCGUCUCAUCACGUGCACUACAGAACAGGAGGAAUCAUAAUUCCCUUUUACCACCUUUAACCUUAUUGCCAUUUUGCCUCUCACACCAUAUAGUAUUAUUAUUAUCAUUCUUAUCAUUACACACCAGCAAAAGGUCACCGAGUUUGAAGAAUCAAUAUGCAAUGCUUUCUUUUCUUCUGUCCUCAGUAUGAAGGAUCAGUAAAUGAAGUAUUAUUAUUUUUUUGUAACUAAUGUAAAAAAAAACACAAACAUUUUAUAGAAUUGUACAGUUUGUUUCUGCUUUUCAGGGGGGGUUGGAAGUCUUUCCUUUCAGAGAUGAGGGGGAAAGCCACCUGUCAACAUGUGUAGUAUUCAGAAUCGUGCCUACUUACGUCGUGUCCUUCCUGAGUAUCCAGAUGAAGAUAAAUAUGAAUAUAUAUGAAGAUAACACUAGUCUCAAACUCCAGGUUUGAUUAAGAUAUUUGUCGAGUACAUAUUAUAAUUUUUUUUUAAAAACAAAUAUGUAUGCCUUUUCGAUGUGCUCUUCAUUUCUUGCAUUUCUGCUUCAUUUUAUUGAAUUUCUGCUUUCUUUUUUGUCCAUUUGCAGCCCUGAGUUGUGUUUUUAGCUCAUUCUUUAGACCAUGAUACUUAUUCUGUGCAAAUUACAUUUUCUCAGCGCCUUUUUAAAACACGUCACUUGUUCGUCUGUUUUCGUCACAACUGAAGUGUGCCAUUUAAUAAUGUCCAUAUGAAGGAGACCCUGGAGUUUGAGACAAAUCAGCAUAAGUGAACAGAUAUGAGAAAAAGGAAGCCUAGUCUGUUUUUAUUUUCUCUGAUGUUGUUUUUGUUUGCCUCCAGUGUCGGGAGCAGUGGUGCAUGUCCUGCUGCUCUGUUUUCUGACUGUAAAAAAUGCAUUUAUUUUAAAAAAUAAAGUAAUUUUUAUUUAA